UAUUUCUAUAAUGCGGAAAGUGUUACCUUUUGAUGAUACGUUUUAAUGUUUUUUGAAUGUAUAAACCUGUAAAUGUUUGACAUCGAAAGUAAUACAAUUAUUUAACAAUGAAUUAGUUAAUGGUGUUAAAGUUUAGUGUUAUUUGAUACCUGUAAACUUUUCAAUAUUUUUUUUAAAUAUGUCUGAUAUUUUCAAAUCUGCACUAGACUACUUUAGCAGUAGUUUUUCAGCUGAAGAUAACGAUUAUGUAGGUUCUAAUGUAGAAUUAGGUAAUGUUAAGCUAAAGAUAAAAAGACUUGUUGCUGAAGGUGGAUCUGGUAUGGUAUUUGUUGCUCAGGCUCAAGAUACUGGAAAAGAGUAUGCGUUGAAGAAAUUACUUGCAGCUGAUGAUGAUGCUGAUAAAGUUAUUCUCCAUGAAAUUGAUGUACUUAAAAAAUUGUCUGGUCAUCCAAACAUAAUACACUUUAUGUCAGCAGCAUUUACCAGUAAAAUUGAUUCACCUCGAGGAUCAAACGAGUAUCUUAUCCUUACUGAAUUCUGUCCUGGUGGAAAUGUAGCGGAGUUAUUAGCAGCUAGAGGAAAACCUUUAAAUCGGAAUACUGUUACUUUAAUAUUUUAUCAAAUGUGUUCAGCUACACGUCAUAUGCACUGUCAAAGCCCACCUCUUAUUCAUAGAGAUUUAAAGAUUGAAAAUUUCUUGAUCAGUGAUGAUGGUAAAAUUAAAUUAUGUGACUUUGGGAGUUGUACAACAAAAGUUUACAAGCCAGAUGAAAAUUGGACAUCACAGCAAAGAGCAAUUUUAGAAGACAAACUUAAUCAAUGUACAACUCCUAUGUAUCGAGCUCCUGAGAUGAUAGAUACUUGGUCUAAUCAUGAGAUUGGUACUGCUGUUGAUGUAUGGGCUUUAGGUUGUGUUUGCUACACUCUAUGUUGUAAUCGACAUCCAUUUGAGGAUUCCAAUAAAUUAGCUAUAUUAAAUGCUAGAUUUUCAACUUCACAAAUAGAAAGUUCAUAUUCAGAUUUUAAUCCAAUAAUAAAGGGAUGUUUGCAACCUGAUCCUUCGUUAAGAAUGUCAGUUUUUGAAACACUAAAACAUAUUGAAUGUAUUAGAGACACAUAUAAAGUGAAUAUUGAAUUAAUAGAUGUUAACAAAUUGAAAUCUGAAGGAAGACCUAUGGAACCUGUUGGAUCUAAUGUUCCCACUGUUCCUCAACAACCAAUAAUAACAAAACAAGCACCAGCAUCCAUUUCCAAUUCGGGUCUAUUCUCUCAAAUUCGUGGAGGAGCUGGUAGUUUUUUAAAAAAUUUAAAAGACACUUCAAAUAGAGUAAUGCAAACAGUUCAAUCGUCUGUCAAUGUGAAAGCUGGUGUUGAUAUGGUAUUCAUAACAUCAAAACUAGCCAUUUUAACAGUUCCUCAAGAUACCAACUCUGAAAAUCUUGCUUCAUUCUUAGAUUCUAGACCAUGUCGCCUGUAUAAUACAACUGGACAAUCAUAUCCUCGUACAAUUGGAUGUUCAACUGUAAUAGAAGUUCAUCCUAAAACAAAUACGUGUCCUACUUUACAUGAAAUAUAUGCUGUUUGUGAUGAUAUGUAUAAUUUUCUAACAAAAAGUUCUACAAAUCUAUGUGUUAUUGCUCAGUCUACUGAAAAUUGUGGGACUUCUACGUUAUUAGUUUGUGCAUUUUUAUUGUACAUGAAUGCAUCAGAUACUACUGAAAAUGUUAGUACUGUAUAUGCUGUUAAGAAGUUUGCACUUAUUCUACAACCCUCAGAAACUAGGUAUUUAAAUUACAUGGCUACUGAGCAAACACAUAAUGUUGAUUCAAUAAAUAUCAGAAGAAUCAUUAUGGAACCUGUUCCUCUAUUUAAUAAAAAUCGCGAUGGCUGCCGUCCAUUUAUAGAAAUUUACGAGGGUUACAAUAAAGUGUUGACUACAGAACAAGAAUAUGAACGAUUACAGUCUUAUGAUAUUUCUAAUGGAAACGUAUCAAUUGCAUUGAAAUCAUUACCUGCUGGUAUUCGAAAUGAUAUCACUCUUAUUGCAUAUCAUUGUAGACAGGUUCUUGGACGUCCGAUACCAAUUAAAAUAUUUCAAUUACAGUUGCAUUCUGAUUUCCUUAUGUUUCCAGAUGGUGAAGAUAUUGUUAUUGAUUUCACAAAAGGUGAAUUAGAUUUCUUAUCAAGUUCUGAACAUUAUCAGAGUAAUAUGUUUCAUGUUAAAAUUGAAAUUGAACAACAUAAAAACGGAAUCUCAUUGCAAUACAAAACCAGAGAUAGUAGUAGAAAACCUGAUGCACUGUUUUCAACAGAGAAUGAAAAAAUUCAGUUUCAAAAUUUAUUUCCAAUAAAAAGCAAAAUAGUUAAGACAUCAUCAAUUGCUCCUCUAAAAGAAUCAUCAAAUGUUCCUACUCGUGUAGCACCACCAAGGCCAGAAUUACCUCCAAAGGUUGAAGUUCAACCAAAUAAACCUAGUGAAGGGCUGUUGUUAAAUUUCUCAUCAGUCUCGUUAGAUGAUGAACCAGUAAUUACACCGAAACAAGAUAAUUUAUUUGAUUUACUAGGAACUGAAUCUGAAAAGACUGAAUCUAAAGACUUAUUUGGAGGUUUUGUUGAUGCAACAAAUACAAAUAAUGAUAUAUUAUUUGAUCCAUUUAUUACAAAAGCUAGUUCUAAUGAUGGUGAUUUGUUGAAUUUAAACGAAUCUAAUGUACAAAAGACACCUAAUUCAUGGCUUGACCAAUCAGUUCCUUUGAAUAUCAAUAAACCUAAUCAAGUAAAUGGAGAUAAUAUUUCAAAUGGCAGUUUUACAUCUACAAAAUCUAAUGUUGCUGAUUUUGAUUUUUUGAAAACUGAAAGUUGGAUGAAUUUUGCAAGCCAUUCUCAAACAAGUAGCCCUACGAAAUCGGACAAAUUACCAACAGAUUCCUACCAUAGAGGUAUAAACAUUGAACCACAAAUUACAAAACCACCUGCAAAUUCUGAACGAGAUAUUUUUGGAGAUCUGUUAGGAAGCCAAGGUUAUACAUUUAGCUCAAAAUUUAAUCCAGGUCCAAAAACAAUAAAUGAAAUGCGCCGAGAAGACUUGGUUAAAGAAAUUGACCCUGAAAAAUUAAAAAUUAUGGAAUGGACGGAAGGAAAAAAAGGAAAUAUUAGAGCAUUACUUGGUACUUUGCAUACAGUAUUAUGGGAAGGUUCUGGAUGGAACUGUAAUCUCAGUAAUCUUGUCACUCAUGCUGAUGUAAAGAAAGCAUAUAGAAAAGCUUGCCUUGCUGUACAUCCUGAUAAGCAAACUGGAACUAGUAAUGAAAAUAUAGCAAAACUAAUUUUUGUGGAAUUAAACAAUGCAUGGACAGAAUUUGAUGCUAAAUCAAGUGACCAUCCGGGAUUUAAGCAAAAACGCCAUGCACCUCAACUACGAAUUAAAACCUACAGACUAAAAGACAAGAAAACCUACAGUUGAACAGAUCUCCCAAUUCAUCCAAUUAUUAGAACUACGGCAGAUUAAAUUUUAAAA